CAAACCCUUUCGGUAGCGAAUGUGCGUGGAAUUGUUUCCCGGAGAAUGUUUUUCUCAGCGAAAAAUGCCAAUUUUCUGCAAGCUUUGACGUUUGAAUGUUUCUGCAGCCGCUAGGGUUACUGACGAAUAGCGAUUUUGCACUCCCACUUUUUUUUUUCAACAAAAGUGUCGAUUUUUGUUGUAUCUGUUUGUUUUGUAUAUUCAUUGGCUGAAAGUUUUCGGUUUCGCUCCAUUAAUUUGUGACGUGGUUAGAUUGUUAUCCAUAACUAAUUGUGUCUCUUUGUUGAGGGGAAAUGCUGUCUGCUUGAUAAAAAAGUGCCCUUGUUUGGGGCGGAUGCGUUGCUUUGUGUUAUUGAGCACACGAAUGUUCUCGUGUAGUAGCGGAUUAAUAGCGAUAAAAUACAUUUUAUCAAACUAAAAAGAGAUCUAUUUGAUAGCAUAAUGGACAUGCUAUCGCUAAUGUAGAUUGUGUGGAUUGAUAUUUGGAAUAAAAAACGAAGAAGCUGGUAAUAGCAAUUGUCAACCAAUACGGUGAACGUUUGCUGCGUUAGUAAACAACGGAGAGAUUGAGUAGCCACAGAAGAAUCACAUUAUCAGCGUUUUAUACGUAUGCGAUAAAGAGGAAAUAUAAGGCAACUAAGAUUUUAUGAGUCACAGGCAGGCUGAGAAUUGACGAUUCAGCAUUAUACAGUCGACACCGCGAGCAUGGCAGCAAGAGAAUGCAUUGAUUUAGAAUGCUUUCUGGUGACAAAACAUUCGUGGAAAGGUAAAUACAAGCGGAUUCUUUCCAUAGGAUCCAAUGCGGUGUCUACCUAUAAUCUUGAUAAAUUUGAUCUCACAAAUCGUUGGCACUACAAUGAAGUGGUUAGUGUCAUGCCAAAUAAAACCGGCAAUACUGCGUACGAAUUUGUAUUGAAUUUGCGAAAAGACAAAAAAAUAGACACGAUUAAGCUAUCAUCGGAGUACCGCAAUGAAAUUCUUACUUCGCUGCUAAGAUACUAUAAAGAAUUUGCGGACAAGCCAAAACAUAUUCUGGAUGAUGUAGAAUGUCCUACUGAGUCCUAUCAGAGUGCCUUCCCGUCUACUGCUAGUGUUAGGCUAAAUAAUUGGAUUAGGAUGCUUGUGUCGUCACUGCUGUUACAACCGGGUGUCAGCGAGUGUCUGCCAUGCUGUGAGCUCGAAUCCUACAAGUUUGAUGCCUUUAAGCACCACUGGUCGGGAACAACGCUUCCCGCCGUGCUGGAGGUCACUCCCUGCUCGCUGGACCAGUUGGAUCCAACAACCAAUACCGUUCUGGCCAGCUACAACUACAAGGACAUCGAUAGUGUCAUCGGAAUUCAGGAUUAUACCGAUGGAAUCGUACUAGCAUACGGAGGUCACAGUCGGUUGCAUCUUUUUCGGGUUCAAAAUCAUCACGAUGUGGUGCAAAUGAUUGUGAACAAUGCCCAGCAAUACCUGGGCAUCGACAUUAAGGUGCGCAAGAAUCAAAUCACCCUUGAUCAGUUUGAACGUGAACGGUUCGGUUCGUAUGGCGGUGAUCAGCAUCAAACGUCACUUUCGGAAUUUAUCGUUCAAAAGAUUACUCCUCGUCAUUCUGAACCGAUGCGUCGGAUACUGUGCCUGACCGACACUACCAUACUGGAGAGGGAUCCGCAAACCUACAGUGUCUGUACGUUGAGGCCGUUGAUUGAAAUCUUUGCUCUCAUUCGUUACGAUGAAAAUAUACAAAAAUUUUCGAUUGAAUACAAAAAUGGAUUGACUAGAUCGUAUCUAACUAAUGACCGAGACUCACUGCUGGCAACUUUGUUGGAUUCGGUUCGUUCCUGUGGCAACCAGGAUGUUCACGUACGCAUCUCUAGAACUCCUCGAGGGAAACGAGUUGGUCCUCUAACCGCGCCAGUAGAUGAAGAGACUGAAGCGAACCUUCUGCGCUAUAUUAUUAGCUGUUACCAGUACCCAGUCAAACGGCUGGACGUUUUGGAACGGUUCAAUGCAAACAUUCCGUACAGUGGACUGAAUUACAGUGUAACACAAGAAAGCUUAUUUUCCGAAAACAAGGAACGACUGAUAACGGGAGCCUUGCAAGCUUUGGUUGGCGGAGGUUCAAAGGAAGAUCUCAAUCAAUUGAACAAUGUCGACCUCGAAGCAUCGUUCCACGUACUGCGCCGUUUACUAGCUAGUAAAGUCGGUUUCGCUGCCUUCACAAAUCUUCCGGGGUUUCGAGAAACAAUUGGUUUUCGAGUUGUGCAUGCACUCAAACGCAACAAUUUAGCUGUCACUUACGCAGCAAUUGAUAUGAUCAACUCCCUUAUGCAUCCAAUGCAUGCCGAGUAUGAAUUGAAACAGGAACAAAUGAAUAAGUCGUCUCUUCUUCACUCGAAGGGCUUUCUAGAGCAAUUACUUGAUAUGUGGACGAAACAUGUUAAUCUGGGAUCCGGGGCGUUGGUGUUGUCAGCCAUGUUGGAUUUCCUAACCUUUGCAUUGUGCGUUCCCUAUAGUGAAACGACCGAUGGCAAGCAAUUCGAUAUGCUACUGGAAAUGGUAGCAACGCGUGGCCGAACGUUGUACAAACUCUUUCAACAUCCCUCACUGGCAAUUGUGAAAGGCAGCGGUUUAGUCAUGCGAGCAUUAAUCGAGGAGGGUGACACAACCAUUUCCAACCAGAUGCAAUCGUUGGCGUUAGAUGAAGCAGCUCUUUGCCAUCAUCUUCUGGUGGCACUGUACACACCAUCGCAUGAUUCUACCAUGGCGACCCACAGGCAACUGUCCCGACAUUUGGUCGGACUGUGGAUUACCGAUAGUAAAGAUGCUAUGAACUUACUCAGGAGGAUUUUCCCCGCUGGAUUGCUCUCUUUUCUCGAAAGUGAAGAUCCCGUGCCGAAGGAGGACGUCGAAGAGGACAAGCUCAAUUUUCGCGACAAUCUGAAGUUGGCUGUACAGCAUUCAAGCAAGAAUAAGCGACUCAACUAUUUGAUCGAAAAGCACCUAGAAGGAAUCAAACAUUGGGGACUAAAUCUAAUCGAUAGGCAGGAGAAAAUCCAACAAUCUCAAAAGAAUCGGCCAAUCGUGCUACGUAAUCGACGGCAGAAGAAGAAGGUCGGUGAUGAGAUUGUCAAUCUGCCGCUCUUUUUCUACCAGUUUAACAAGAAUCAUGCCAUGCCGAAUCUGAUAUGGAAUUUGAAAACCCGCGAAGAGCUGCGGGCGGCUCUGGAGAACGAAAUCCGUCAAUUCAAUGCAGACAAGGAUUUGGCCGGCAGCAUGGUGGUUGCUUGGAAUUAUGAAGAGUUUGAAGUGCAGUACCAGUGUCUGGCCGACGAAAUCAAGAUUGGCGAUUACUAUAUACGACUACUGUUGGAACGAGAUGAUUGGCCGCAGAAUUUAGUUAAAAAUCCAAUGGAGCUAUUUAAUGCCCUGUACCGAAGGGUACUUUGCCGUAAUAGAUUAAAUGACGAUCAGCUCACCGUCACAUCUUUGCAAGCUUUGGCUAAAGUUUACAAGCGAUACUACGAAAAUAUUGGAUAUUUUAGUGAUAUAACGUAUAUCCUUCAAAUGUUGGAUCGAUGUCUAUCGCCGGCGCUGCGCGAUGCGCUCGUUGGGCUAAUCAAGAAUCUGGUACUGCAUAAAUCUAACUGCCGUCCACUGGUUGAUCAUGUCAAUUGUUUAGUCGAUCUGGUGACGUUGGCACACAUGCACACAGGUCGCGCGAUGCCGAACACCAAAACCAACGUUAUCGAAGCAGGUCCCAACAUGAAACUGCACGAAGAAAAAGAUUGGUACUACAACGUAGAGCGAGAUAACGAAAAGCCGGAACGUUGCGGGCCGGUAACAUUCAGCGAGCUGAAAGAACUUUGGAAUAAAGGCGGUCUCACACCGAGAACACGCUGCUGGGCGGUUGGCAUGGACGGAUGGCGUUCACUGCAGCAAAUUCCUCAGUUAAAAUGGUGUUUAAUGGCUAAGGGAUCGCCCUUGUACAACGAAACGGAACUGGCCCAGCAUGUGCUGGAUAUACUUAUCAAGUGUACCAGUUUCUUCCCAAGUCGAGCCCGAGACGGUGAAGCAGUUCUCAUACCUGGUCCGCGGCUUUCUCGGAAACUGUCCGAGUUCAUUUGUUUGCCACAUAUCGUUCAAGUUUGCUUAACGCAUGACCCAGGACUACUGGAAAGAGUCGCUUCUCUGCUCUGCCAAAUAAUGGAAGACAAUCCGGAAAUGUCGAAAGUGUAUCUCACUGGCGUUUUCUACUUCAUGUUAAUGUACACUGGAAGCAACAUUCUUCCGAUAGCCCGGUUCCUUAAAAUGACCCACAUGAAGCAAGCUUUCCGAAGUGAAGAGACCAACUCUCAGUCCGGUAUCAUGCAUCGGAGCAUACUCGGACAGUUACUGCCGGAGGCUAUGGUAUGCUAUCUAGAGAAUCACAGUGCGGAAAAGUUUGCUGAAACGUUCCUGGGUGAGUUCGAUACGCCCGAAGUCAUCUGGAGCUCAGAAAUGCGACGGAUGCUGAUCGAGAAAAUAUCAGCCCACAUUGCCGAUUUCACACCCAAACUGAAGGGGCAUACCAUGGCACGAUAUCCAUACCUGGCAAUUCCUGUAAUUAGCUAUCCUCAGCUUGAGAACGAGCUGUUCUGCCAUAUCUUUUAUCUGCGGCACUUGUGUGACACUAGAAAGUUCCCCAACUGGCCAAUACCGGAUCCGGUACAACUGCUUAAACACACAUUGGAUGCUUGGCGUAAGGAGGUCGAAAAGAAACCUUCGCAAAUGACAGUAACGCAAGCCUAUGAAGAUCUAGGCAUCGAUUUGGUAAAGAAUCCUCAGCCGGACGAAUCUGUCAUCCGUAAAAGCUAUUAUCGGUUGGCGCAAAUGUACCAUCCAGAUAAGAACCCUAAAGGAAGGGAAAUCUUUGAGAGGGUAAACCGAGCUUACGAAUUCCUUUGUUCCCGGCGAAGCACCAACGAUGGUCCUAAUCCUGGCAACAUUGUGCUCAUUCUACGAACGCAAAGUAUUCUCUUCGAUCGUUAUGCCGACGUGCUCCGGCCGUACAAGUAUGCCGGUUAUCCGCAAUUGAUCAAAACUAUUCAGCUGGAAACUAAGGAUGAGCAGUUGUUUUCAAAAACAGUUCCACUUCUGAGUGCCGCUUCCGAGCUUUGCUAUCAUACGGUACACUGCUCGGCGCUGAACGCAGAGGAACUGCGCCGAGAGGAAGGCAUCGAAGCUUUGCUGGAAGCGUACUCCCGUUGCGUAUCUAUAAUGGGUGUUGAUUCUCAGAAAGAUUCCCUACAUUAUGAAGUAAUAUCGAACAUCACCCGUUGCUUCGAAGUGGCUUGUCGAUUCGAAAACUGCCGAAAGAAGAUACUCGAGCUGCCACAGCUGAUAGUGGAUGUGUGUCGAGUUGUCUACUUCAAGCACUCUUUAUCAGUAAGCUUGGUUACGAGCUUGGCCGCUAACAAUUAUGAUCUGCAGUGCAAUCUCGUACGCAAUGGUGUGCUCUGGUCUCUGAUGAUAUUCAUGUUUGAUUAUGAUUACACACUUGAUGAAAGCGGUGUGGUUACUGACGAGAAAUCCAACAAUCAACAAGCUAGCAACAAUUUAGCGAAACUUUCGCUACUAGCUUGUGUAGCGUUGGCUGGAUAUCAUAUGACAUUGUUGGAUGAAGAUUCAUCGCUUGUUCCAGGAAAAACUGCACCAAAAUCGAAUCCUAUUUCUCGUAGUGACUCUCCACAGCAGCCAACUGCACCUAGAAGCAAUUCGCUUACCCAAACUCAACCCUACACACAAAAUGCGUCCAAUUUAAUACAGAACAAUUCUAGCCUUAUCCAGUCGGUAGCAACCUUCGAUCGCACCCUGUCGGAGCGGUCAGAAUCUCUAACUUCGACGACCGCGAUGGAAUCAACCGAACCAGUCGAAUGCGAGAAAGGUAUCAACAAUAAAUACAAAAUUUCCAGUGCUGCCCCGACUAAUAUGAUCGUCAAAAAGAUGCUUGACAAACUGUUAACCAUGUUUGUGGCGAACAAAAUGGUUUCCGACAAUGAAACUGAAGUGCUGAAGCUGCUUAGCUCUAAUACUCGUAAUCCGUAUCUCAUUUGGGAUAACGGAACUAGAGCGCAGCUUCUUGACUUUCUGGAGUUCCAACGAUCCAAUGCAUCCCGUCAGCAGUACGAUAAUAUUGCUGAUGUAUAUGAACUGGUGAAGAACUUUUCCUACGAUGCACAUAGAGAUGAACUUAAAAUUGGUGGCAUUUUCAUUCGCAUCUACAACGAAAUGCCGAGCUUCCCGAUUGCUAACCCGAAAUCGUUCGUGAUGGAUCUGCUCGAGUUCCUAAAACAAGCCUUCAAUUAUCUAACUGCUAAAAAUAUACGUCCUAUUCCUCCACCGGCCAGUGUUAACAACGUCAACAGUCAGGGCAUUCUCAUUCCGACCAAAACGUGGAAACCUCUAGUCCCUACGAAAACCAGCAGUAACCCAGUGAACAGCAAUGUGAUUAACAACAAUAACAAUAACAACAUCAACAACCACCGCAGUACUGCUAAUCAGUUACAAAAGCAGCAGGAUAUCAGCGCCGUACUGAGCGAGUACAGCCGGGCUAAGCAACGAAGUCAAUUAGCGAGGACAGAUCCGUCCACCUCAGAUGAGAGUUCCAAGCUCUACGAUUUCGCCUCGAAUCCGAACGCAAUCAAUCACAUCGUGAUGGCUUUGAAGGCACUAAUCGCUGUUAUCAAAUCGAACAGUAACGUGGAAAUUCAGUGUAUUGGCCACUUCGAAAUGCUAUUUGGUUUUCUGUCGUCUAGUUUGUGCGAUCGGGAUAAAAUACUCAAAUCACUGUCACUAGAAGUGGUUUGCUUGGUUUCCCGAAACAAGGAAUGUGUGACGGAAAUAUCUGCUUGCGAAAUUUUCGGACUAUAUCUGGUGGCACUGAAGGACAAGGAUUUGCGCGAUGUGCAGCAGAAGGUGCUGGAGACGCUGUCUGGUUUGCUGAACGUGCCGAAAAUGGUCAAAGAGGGUCACUCAAAGGGGGCGGUGAUUUAUUUGCUCGAUCUAUUCUGCAAUUCCAACAAUCCGCAAAUUAGGGAAAGUUGUGCGGAGCUUUUGUCGAAAAUGAAUGCGGAUAAAUUGAGUGGACCGAAAAUUCGCAUCACCGUUUGCAAGUAUUUGCCGUCAGUAUUCCUGGAUGCCAUGAUUGACUCACCAUCGGUGGCUGUACAAAUGUACGAAUCUACACACGAGCACCCGGAGUUAAUAUGGAACGAUCGGAUACGAAGCACAGUAUCGGAUGCCGUACACGACAUGGCAGAUAGCUUCUACAUGCAGCAAAAGCAAAACUCAAAAACACUUUGGCGAGACCCGGAGGUUCUGCCAGAAAUCAUCUCAAACGAGCUUGUUGUUUCCGGAGUAUAUCUGCGGUUGUACAUAUCGAACCCAGGGUGGACUUUACGUAAGCCAAAACAGUUUCUUUCUGAUCUGUUGGAUUUCAUAGUAGAUAACAUAAGCCGGAACGGGGUCGACAAAAAUGUGCUAGACAUUUCAACGAACGCCCUCGUACUAUUGCUUAAUGCGCAACCUAAUUUGGCGGAUUCGGUUCCAGUGCUAGGACACAUACCGAAAUUUUUCCGACAACUGUCUGUUCAACCGAGAAGUGCUCUCACAGUAUUGCAUCAGUUGUCCCUUUCUGAGAUUUGUGUCAGUGCCAUUUCUCAAACUGACUGUAUUCUCGCUUUGAAGUCUUGCAUGGAAAGCCACCGUGAGCUACUAGCAGCGGCAUCGGAAACAUUGAGUAGGCUCUUCAAAUGCCAGCACGAUUCUCUCAUACGGCAGUCUCUAGAGUGCCAGCUAAUCCCGUUCCUGCUGGGGCUCUUGGAAAGUCGAAUAGAUUCCACCACAAAUCCAGCAAUGGUGAAGGCACAAAUCGUUGCCGCCCUGAAAGCCAUGACAUCGAAUUUAACCUACGGCGAUCGGGUUGCCCAUAUCCUGAAUCAGAAUCCGGUCUGGGCUGAGUAUCGAGAUCAGAAGCAUGAUCUGUUCAUUACCGAUACCAAUGUGAGAGGCUAUCUAACAGGCGCUCCCAAUACCACCGCCGGCUAUCUGACUCAGGGACCAGCUAAGAAUGUAGAGGUACUAACAUCACCGCCACCGAUGGAUCGCGACGAUCCGCUUUUCGUUCGUAGUAGUAGUAACGAUGCAUAAGCAUGUUAUGAAUCGAAAACGCUUCGAAAGUUUGGUCUAGCGAAAUGCUCUACAUCCUCAAAAUGCGCUUCGAGCAACCAGCGCCGAUUGAACUUGAGGGUGUUUUUUUUUUCGAGAUUCCAGUAGUAGCAGCCAACCGGCGUACAUCUCAAAUACGUCCUCGGAUAGCUGGGACGUGUGCUUUUCGUUUCAGUAGUUUGUGUUCUGUGAAUGAACUGAUUUACAUAUUUUAGCUAGCAGGAAAAUGUGUACCGCUGGGAGAGAAUAUCGCAAGAAUUACUUUGUAAUUUACGAACAUCAGAUAAUAGCUUCUAAAGGUAUAACUGUAAACUAUAUAUAUUGAAAAUUAAGGCAAUGAAUUUUUAUUAUAUUGUGAUAUUUUUAAAAUGUAAUUUAUAUGGUGAAGUCCAAAAAACUUCGAGAAAAAUAAACGUCAAUACAAAUUAGAACAAAUUACAA